AUAAACCUAAUUAAUAUUCAACUUCGAAAAGAGAGAGAGAAUUCGAACAGUUUUUUAUAUAAAUUAAAGGCAUGAGAGGUUCAAGAACAGGUUCUCCAGACAUGAGUGCUUGGUGUUCUGCUGUUGUGUUGUUGUCUUUAAUACUUUUGUUAUCCGUUCGUGAGAACAACGCUUCUAAUUCGAUUAGAGGGUCUCAAUUCUCAACGAAACCUUGUGAGGAGAUUUACGUCGUCGGAGAAGGAGAGACACUUCACACCAUCGGCGAUAAGUGCGGCGACCCGUUUAUCGUGGAGCGAAACCCGCAUAUCCAUGAUCCGGAUGAUGUCUUUCCAGUCUCAGCGGCAGAAGAAGAAAACGAAUGCGGCGGAUCCAAUGGUGGCUCUGCUGCGGAGAAAGCAUCGGCUCUUAAAUACAAGAUCAUAGCUUUCUUUUCCAUCUUAUUCGCCGGAAUAUUUGGCGUUUGUUUACCUAUUUUUGGCCUCAAGUCGGAGAGCAAUUUCUUCAUGUUCGUGAAGGCAUUCGCUGCCGGCGUAAUCCUAGCCACCGGUUUUGUCCACAUUCUUCCCGAUGCUACCGAGAGUCUCACGAGUCCGUGCCUUGGAGAAGAGCCACCGUGGGGGGAUUUUCCGAUGACGGGACUCGUUGCUAUGGUUGCAUCGAUCUUGACAAUGUUGAUUGAGUCCUUUGCUUCAGGGUAUUUGAACAGAUCUCGCUUGGCGAAAGAGGUUAAGACUUUGCCGGUGAGUACAGGCGGAGAUAAGGAGGAACAUGCUCAUACUGGCUCUGCUCAUACUCAUGCCUCACAAGGACAUUCUCAUGGCUCUCUUCUUGUUCCACAAGAUGAUCACAUUGAUAUGAGGAAAAAGAUUGUAACUCAGAUAUUGGAAUUGGGGAUUGUGGUUCACUCAGUGAUAAUAGGAAUAUCUUUAGGAGUAUCACCAAGUGUAAGCACAAUAAAGCCUCUCAUAGCUGCAAUUACCUUCCAUCAAUUGUUUGAAGGUUUUGGCCUUGGUGGUUGCAUCUCUGAGGCAAAGUUUAAAGUAAAGAAAAUAUGGGUUAUGUUGUUGUUCUUUGCACUCACGGCACCACUAGGGAUCGGAAUUGGUAUUGGAGUGGCGGAGAUUUACAACGAGAAUAGCCCAAUGGCCCUAAAAGUGUCCGGUUUUCUUAACGCUGCAGCUUCUGGAAUCUUGAUUUACAUGGCGCUUGUUGAUUUGGUAGCUCCACUUUUUAUGAACCCCAAAGCUCAGAGUAGUAUGAGGAUACAAGUAGCUUGUAGCGUAUCUCUUGUUCUUGGUGCUGGUUUGAUGUCUCUUUUAGCUAUUUGGGCUUGAAAGUUUUAGAUUUAUUGUUUGUUUUUUGAGUUUUUUAGAACAGUGAAAAUAACAUUUUGAUUCGGAU